AUGACCCUUGAGGAUCGUGUGUCUAGAGCUGCAGCGGGGAAUCUAGUGCUGGCCGGUGGCGAUGGCCUCAAAUGGGCUGCAGACAACGUCAUCGAGACGACGCAGCUUCCAUUGGCUUUGGUGGGGUCUGGCAACGCUGAUCUGUCAGCCAAGUUCGAGGCCGUGUUCCACCAGGUCAAAUUGGACAUUGGCACUGAUCCGGCUGCACUCCAAAGAUACUCCAUGGAAUCUUGCAUUUCCUUUUGCUCAGACUAUGGCACCGAGUCGCAGUUCACCGAGGUUGAGGGCUGCGACGGCGACGACCUCGAAAGCCAAUUUGCUCGGCCUCCAGCAGCAGGCGGCGUCAUUGACUUGGAGUCCGAUUCUGAGCAGGUGCCCGGCGUUCCUGUCCCCGAAGCUGCCGAGCGUGCGUUGCAAGAUACAUCAGCCGGCCCUUUCCGCUGGCACAUGGGUGGAAGUUUGAUGGUACCUGGAUUGAAACACAUAUGUUCCAACAUCCAGGGAGAUGUGCUUGCCCGGCUAGAGCACUUCAAGAGUUUUCAGGAGCAGGUGAAGGCGGUGAACACGCUUCUACACCAAAAGUUUUACCGAGAUCGCAUAAAGCAACUCUAUAAGGGCAAGGCGACAGAAAGGCUGUUCUCCUUCUACGACGGAGGCUGCCUGAUCUUGUGGCGGUGGGGCUCACUGGUAGCGGUGUGUGAUUCACUUCACAAAAGAGAAGGUGCGCUUCGAGAAGAAUGGAAUUUGCAGCGGUUCCUUCACACGACGGCAGGUAAUGUCCACCUCGAGCUCGACACUGAAAACAAUGACAAUGAUCAGGGUGGCAGUGACAACAAGUUGUUUCAGGUCGCUGACAGCGCCAUCACAUCCCCCUACUUCUGGGCAUAUAUUAAGUUCUUGCUGAUCGUGCAAGGUGUCGUGGAAGAUCUUUCCACAUGGGCGGAAGCUUGUCCGUGUCACGAGUGGUCUCGUGACGGCUGUGGCUGCCCACUUCGCGGACGACGAGCGCCCGAGGCAGCAUCUGGAUGCUUCGAACAGUUUGUGAGCCACAGGUUAGCGACAGCAGCGUCGUUUUUCUAUGCGGCUGCCUGUGAACUCGGGCAGAACACCCGACACUUCAAACAUCUGUCAUCUGAAUGGCGUAUAGCUGUGGAUUUGAUCGAGGCUGAAGUUGACACCAAAUGCGCACAUUGGAAGGAGCUGCCAUGGUUGCUGUGCGGCAUAGCACUGCCAGAUCAAGAGCAAGCCCGAGCCGUUGCCAGCAAGGCCCUGCACAGGUUCGACACCCACAAGAUCGAUCCUCACGCUCUGUACACAAGGCGGCACCCUAUGACAUGUCGAUUUCUUAGCCGGUCCUUCUCAGGCGCCUCGGCUUCCGAUGUGCCGCUGCGAGGGCUUGUUGAAGACUUUGCACGCGGCGGAAACCUCUCCGAUCCGGAAAUGAAGCCGCUGCGGGAAUGGCUCGGAGCGCUACGGCGCAGCAUCGCUUGGUCAAACAAGUUCUCGGAGAUUCUCCGAAUGCGUCUGUUGCGUGUCUGGGACUCUGAGUAUCUCUUAGUGAGCAAUUCACAAACGUUACGGGUAUUCACAAAGCCGUUCAAAGACGUCACGUACCGGCAACUGCAAAGCUUGGUCUACCAAAGGGCGAUGCAGUUCCGUCGAGGUGAGACAUCUCGCCAGGUGGUGCCGAACAGCGACACUGCACUACUGCGAAAAAACAAGCGACAGCUGGCGGAGAGUUCUCGCAAGAACGCCACACCCAUGCAAAGGCCGACGGCAGUGAUGUUCUAG